CCGGCCGGCUCGACGCGCAGCCUAGAAAUGAGGCAAGUGCUGACUCCGAGAAACACAACAGCAACAGACUGAAGAGUGGACCUCGCGGGGAAGUCAAGCAAGCAAGCAAGCUCUGCGCACGACAUCUGCAGCUCACCAUGAGGGAAAUCGUUCACAUCCAGGCCGGACAAUGUGGCAACCAGAUCGGAGCGAAGUUCUGGGAGGUGAUAAGUGACGAGCAUGGCAUCGAUCCUACCGGUAGCUACCAAGGUGACAGUGACCUGCAGCUGGAGAGGAUAAAUGUCUACUACAAUGAGGCAUCAGGCAGCAAAUUUGUGCCUCGUGCCAUCCUGGUGGACCUGGAACCAGGAACCAUGGAUUCAGUCCGCUCCGGCCCGUUUGGACAGCUAUUCAGGCCUGACAACUUUGUCUUUGGUCAAAGUGGAGCAGGAAAUAACUGGGCAAAGGGCCACUAUACAGAAGGAGCUGAGCUGGUGGACUCAGUACUGGACGUGGUGAGAAAGGAGUCUGAGAACUGCGACUGUCUCCAGGGCUUCCAGCUCACCCACUCCCUGGGUGGAGGAACCGGCUCAGGGAUGGGCACAUUGCUCAUCAGCAAGAUUCGCGAGGAGUACCCUGAUCGCAUCAUGAACACUUUCAGCGUCAUGCCUUCCCCGAAAGUCUCCGAUACCGUGGUGGAGCCUUACAACGCCACCCUCUCCGUCCACCAGUUGGUGGAAAACACAGAUGAGACCUUCAGCAUUGACAAUGAAGCCCUUUACGAUAUCUGCUUCCGCACGUUGAAGCUGACCACACCGACCUACGGUGACCUCAACCACCUGGUCUCAGCCACCAUGAGCGGAGUAACCACCUGUCUCCGCUUCCCCGGCCAGCUCAACGCUGACCUCCGUAAGCUCGCCGUCAACAUGGUGCCCUUCCCCCGCUUGCACUUCUUCAUGCCGGGCUUUGCACCUCUCACGAGCAGGGGGAGCCAGCAGUACCGCGCCCUCUCAGUUCCAGAGCUCACGCAGCAAAUGUUUGAUGCCAAGAACAUGAUGGCGGCAUGCGACCCCCGUCACGGACGCUACCUCACGGUGGCAGCCAUCUUCCGCGGCCGCAUGUCCAUGAAGGAAGUGGACGAGCAGAUGCUGAGCGUGCAGAACAAGAACAGCAGCUACUUCGUGGAAUGGAUUCCCAACAACGUCAAGACCGCCGUGUGUGACAUCCCUCCCCGCGGCCUCAAGAUGUCCGCCACCUUCAUCGGCAACAGCACGGCCAUCCAAGAGCUGUUCCGGAGGAUCUCUGAGCAGUUCACUGCCAUGUUCCGCCGCAAGGCUUUCCUCCACUGGUACACUGGAGAGGGAAUGGACGAGAUGGAGUUCACUGAGGCGGAGAGCAACAUGAACGACCUGGUGUCCGAGUACCAGCAGUACCAGGAUGCCACUGCUGAUGAAAUGGGUGAAUACGAAGAGGAUGAACUAGAAGAUGAGGAAGAAGUCCGCCACUGAUCAUAACAGACUGACAUUGAACUAGUUCUUCGUAAAAUAUGGACAGGUGCAGUGAAAUCAUGUGAAAACGCCACCGAUGCAGAUGUUCAACUAAUUAUUGCAGAUCAUGAUGAAAAAUUGUUGUUUAGCAAAAACAACACUGCCUUUAGACAUUGCUUAUACCGAAAAAUCUAGAGUGCUUUUAGAACCUGAAAUAUGCAAGUACUAUAGUGUUUAUUUCUCCAAGUCAUGCUUCGCCACUGUCAGAAAAAGUUCAGUCCUGUCUUUGAAAAGUUUUGUAACAUUCAUUUCAACAUGUAUUGUUGGCCUAUAAUAUCACAUUAAAAAA